GAGACUGAGGUUAAUGUCAAGAAGGGGUUUAGGGUUAGCGAAAAUCACUUCGUAUCGAAGUAGCAUGAAAAGGGUAUCCCACAGCAGCUGUAAACAACAGAGUUUCUAAACACAGAGGCGCAACAUCGCAAGACUUCCGGGAACGCUUGUAAAACAACAAGCAGACCAGGUCAGGGUUUGGAGAUUGAGAAGUCAAUGAGAGAAGUGAACAAUUCUUCCUUAGUUUUUAAUUUUCUAUAAAUGUAAAGGCACAACCUAGAUUCGAGCAAAUGUCUUGAGUAGUUUAACAUGUUAAUACUCCAAUCUAAUUUUUGUCAAAAAUAUAUUUUAUAUCGACAGAGUGCCUUUGAUUUUCCGGCCUUUACAUGCACAGUUCGGCGAGAGACGACCGUUAGACCCGAUAACGUAUUCUGCGCAUGAGUUUAGAUAACCAACAUCGCCUACAAACGUGAUCGGGGAUUUAUAUCGGAGAAGCAGUUUCUGCCUAUCUUCCUACUGUACUCUCUUUGUGUGAACCUUUCCGGUAGAUAAAAAAAAAUACGGCACAAGAACGAAUGGGAGACGACAGACAAUCACAAACAGGAACUGGUUUUCCUAUCGACAUUUUGAGUAGGCCCAUGAUUAUUUUCACGAGCUGUAUAACGAGUAAUGUUUGUGUAGCUACACAACACAUUUCAGUUCAUGAAGAUGAGACUUCGGUCUCGAAGUAUUGCUGACCCUUCAUCAGCACGGUUUAACGGUCGGCGGAACUCAAAGAGAGAGGCGCGGAACGUAACUCAAAAGGAUGAAGAGGUACAACAGCUAUACGACCAGUCACUCUACUCUGAUGAUAUCCCCACCUCUACAAAGCGCCCUCUUGUACAAGGGCGUGGGAGGAAAAGGGUGGCAGCCCCAGACUAUGAAGAAAGAGAAGAUCUGGACUUCAAGACCCCCGUUAAUGUGCGCCAUCACCGGGUGUUGUCGGAGCUAAACCCCUCCUUUCCCCUCAAUUCCACUGUGCGAAAUAUCUACUCCCCCGUUGUCCGUUUCCUCACUCCUACCAAGGAAAAUGUGAGAACCCCCAGCAGUGGUGAUGUGAUGAGCCCAGAGCAGUGUGUGUUUGGCUAUGGUUCCAUUAGCCUUCUCGCUGGAGAUGAGGACUGCAAUGACACUUUCAGCCCCUUCUCUUUCAUGAAGAACAUUCCAUCCAAGUGCCAGCAAUCCAAACCCUGCAUAAGAGACAUUCCACCUAAGACGAGGAGUACUCCCCAAGCUACGCUAGUUUUAGAUCUGGAUGAAACACUCAUGUACAGCUCUCUGAAUGUGAUUGAGGAUGCAGAGUAUACCUUCCGCACAUGUUUCCAGGACAAUCCGUACAAGGUCUACGUGAUUCUACGACCACAUGUGAAAGAAUUUCUAGAAGCCAUGACAAAACAUUUUGAGAUGUUUGUUUAUACAUCUGCGAAGAAAGAAUAUGCAGAGAAAAUCCUGGACAUCUUGGACCCAAAGAGAAGGCUUUUUCGACACCGUUUGUAUCAACAGAACUGUACCUGUGUUCUGGGGCACUAUGUCAAGGACUUGGGUGUACUUGAGAGGGACCUUGCUAAGACAGUGGUUUUGGACAACGCUCCACACACGUACCCCUACCAUCUGAUGAAUGUGCUUCCCAUCAAAAGCUGGUCUGGAAAUGACGAUGACAAAGAACUUCAGAAGCUCAUCCCGUGUCUUGUGAGACUGUCAGGAGCAGAUGAUUUCCGGGAAGUACUGAAGAGGAGGACGGACCACUUUCACAGAUUGCUCUCUGAGGAUUGAGAAAAGGCUUCUGAUCAUCCUUAUCCUGGAAUGUGUUUAAUUGUGAACAUGAACUGGAUCUUUGUGUACUAUCCUAGCCCUUCUGUAUUAUCCCUGAAUGACCAGUAGGUUACUGAUGUAGUUUGUUAAUUUCAAACAUGUACAGUUGGGAUACGUUUCCACACAAUAUCACUUGGCAGAGCAAAACAUUCCUAAUAGUUCAAAAAAACAAAAACACUUGAAAUAGCAACUUCAAAUGUUUAUUAGCAUACUUAAUCAUGCUAAUUUAUUGACAAAAUAGCUUUUUAAAAGUGAUCCACAUAUUGUCACUAAAAUAAUCAGAGUUAUGUAUCACUUCAACAAAAGCCAGAGCAGUUUCUGUAACAAACAAUUUAAACCAUAAUGGUAUUUUUCAGCUUUUAUUUGAGAAAUGUCAUGAUUUAGUCUUCUGUUUGGAUAAUUCUGGGGAUUUUUACGUGCAUAUCGUCUCCCUUUGAAUGCCUUUUUUAGUAGGCCUACACUGCAGAAAUGUCACGCAUCUUACUCCCAACCUAUUACGUUCAUGGUUAGCCUAUUUGAUUUUUUUUUUGGGUACUAAUCUGUGAAAUGUAUAUUUAUAUGGAAUUCUGACAUUGUAUUGACCUAGAAAUAUUAAUUUUAAGAACUAACUUGUCAAACUUGAACAUAUCCCCAUCCCUCCUUUCAACGGAUGGUCUUGCCAAAGCUACUGUGAAAUUCUACUCCGUUCCCCCACACCCACAUGCGGUUAGAACCCAAAGACGGCUAUUGUUGGUUUCCCUAUUCUCUUACCUUAAGUUUCACCAUACUAAACAAAUCGGUCGCUCAGUGGUUGGCACAUGGUCACUUUUCUGUCGACACAAAGGUCUGGGUAGGUUCAUUUCAGAAUGUCUUGGAAAACUACAUGCUUGCAAAUAAAAAUAAAGUUGAAGUAA